AGUUCAAAUUGGUCCUGCUAGGAGAAUCUGCAGUGGGGAAAUCUAGCCUGGUGCUUGGUUUUUGUCAAAGGGCAGUUCCAUGAGUACCAGGAAAGCACCAUUGGAGCGGCCUUCCUCACCCAAUCUGUGUGUCUAGAUGACACAACAGUCAAGUUUGAAAUCUGGGACAUAGCUGGGCAGGAGUGAUACCACAGCCUAGCCCCCAUGUACUACAGGGGUGCCCAGGCUGCAAUUGUGGUCUAUGAUAUUACUAAUCAGAAAACUUUUGUCCGGGCAAAUACAUGGGUAAAGGAACUCCAGCAGCAAGCCAGCCCUAGCAUUGUUAUUGCCUUUGCAGGGAACAAAGCUGACCUUGCCAACAAGAGCAUGGUGGAGUAUGAAGAGGCACAGGCAUAUGCAGAUGACAACAGCUUGUUAUUGAUGGAGACUUCAGCCAAGACUGCUAUGACCGUGAAUGACCUCUUCCUGGCAAUAGCAAAGAAGUUGCCAAAGAGCGAACCCCAGAAUCUGGGGGGUACAGCCGGCCGGAAUCGAGGUGUGGAUCUCCAUGAACAGUCUUAGCAGAA